AUGGCCAGCCAAGAACUGUGGUCGCAACGUCUUCGAGACCAUUGCCUUGUAAGAGGUCUUCAGGAACCAGCCUACACGGAUCUCUCUGACCGUCGUGGAGGUCGAACGGCCUGGUCGACUAUGGUCACAAUUAACGGGAACAACUUCCAAGCAAGGUUCUGGUACGAUUGUGCCUAUCUCCCAAAUGCAAAAGAAGAUUGCGCUGAGAUCGCGCUACGAUCCCUUACUGGAUAUACGAACACCACUCAAUCACCACCACCGGCAAGCCACUAUCGAGCCGUUGCGAGUCGUCAAGACUCGGCUGUCAAUGCCGGUUAG